AUGAAGCAAUCAUUCAUUAACUUGAGAAUCCGGAUCCCUGCGGACGUCUCUCCCGUGAAGGCCGAAGCAGACCCAGAAGGAGUAAAGGUGUCUUGGUCUCAUGAAAAUCAUGAGAGCCACUACUCCUGGAAAUUUAUUACCAACUGGCUCCAGCAUGACGUUCGAAAACCCGAGCACGUCGACUUUAACUAUUGGGGUGCUGAAAUCAAAGACAAACCGCCAACGGUCACUUUCGAAGAAGUCAUGAGAACCGAUUCGGAGGACGGUAUUGCCAAGUUGACUUCUUUGAUUAGACAAUAUGGGUUUGCAUUUGUGGAUGGAACGCCCUACGACGACCCUGAGCAGACCAAGAAACUCCUUGAACGCAUAGCAUUCAUCCGAGAGACUCACUAUGGCGGAUUCUAUGACUUUAUCCCCGACCUAGCCAAGGCAGAUACAGCCUACACUAACCUGGCGCUGGCUGCUCAUACUGAUACCACAUAUUUCACUGACCCGGCCGGAUUACAGGCUUUUCACCUUCUCUCACACACUCCACCACCUAACUCACCCAAGGAUGCCCCGGCAGAAGGCGGGGAGUCACUCCUCGUUGAUGGCUUCCACGCGGCGCGGAUUCUCUACGAGGAGGAUCGGGCAGCAUAUGAGGUCCUGCACUCGGUCAAGCUGCCAUGGCAUGCGAGUGGCAACCAGGGCAUCACCAUCGCCCCUGACAAGCGAUAUCCCGUAUUGGAGGUCGACGACAGCACGAGUGACCUACACACUCUGCACCGAGUGAGAUGGAACAACGAUGACAGAGGCGUUGUGCCGUUUGAUGCGGGUAUCUCUCCAACGCAAUGGUAUGAGGCUGCUAGGAAGUGGAGCUCGAUUCUGAAGAGGAAGGAUGUUGAGUACUGGGUUCAGCUUACGCCCGGAAGACCCCUGAUCUUUGACAACUGGCGAGUUCUGCAUGGGAGGAGCGCAUUCGAAGGCCUUAGACGCAUCUGCGGUGGUUAUAGUAGGCCAACCCUUAUCAGCGGUGAGACCAUUCGCCAUGACUGA